AUGCGGGAAGAUAGGGCAUUGGAGGAGGGAUUGCCACAAUGCCUGUUUUCAUUGUGGGGAACUUGGGCAUUGGGCGGCCCAAUGUCCAAGCAAGCCGAGAAGAGGACCCAAAGACAAGUGUUUCAAAUGCGAAAAGUUUGGUCACUGGGCAUCUCAGUGUCCCCAGAAGCAACAGGGAUGGCGACCGAUAUUGAACCAAGUACCCCAGGGUGCCUUCAAGGUGAAAUCCUCCCGGCGAAAAUAAAUACUUAG